AUGUUUGGAUUGUGUUAUGAAAUAAAAAUGGAAUAUAAUUAAUACAAUGAAAUAUAGAGUGUUGAUUAUAAUUUUUGUUUGUAAAAUUUUUGUAUACCUUGUGAUGAUUUGAGAAAAAAGUGUAAAUUAAUUUAGUCUAUCAAAGGGAAUUAAAAAAAAACUUAGUGGGGCAAUAAAAUAGGAGAGAUUGAUAAUAUUGUAGCUUAUUCCAAUUUAGGAGAUGCAAAUAUUUUAAAUAAGAGUAAGGAUGAAUAUUUGUAUUAAAAUUAAACAAAUAAAAAUUUAUUUGUUGAAAAAAUAUACAUUGGAUAAAAGUUUUUAUUUUUAAUAUAUUUAUUUAGAUACUAAUGUGUACACUAUGCAAGAAAUUUUUGGAUUUAAUAUUUUGAUUCUUAUUUUGGAUCAGUAAAUACAGCAGAUUAAAUAUUUUAUCUUGAAUAUGGUUAUGAUAUUAUGAAAAACAAAAGUUAUCCCUUAUAAAAAUUUUCAAAUGGAAAAACUGAUAUACCUAAAUUUGGAGAUUUAUUGAUUUGGGAGAAAAAUAAAGAAACAUACCCAAAUGGACAUGUUGCAGUGGUAUUAAAUAUAGAAAUUAAUUCACUUUACCCUCACAUAUUAAUAGCAGAGUAAAAUUAUGAUUAAAUUUGGGACGCUAAACAUUUUUCAAGGGCACUUAAGGUUAAAUUAUCAAAAAAUGAGGAAGUUAGAGUUGAGAGUAUUAGAUAAAUAUUUCCGGGAAUGGAAGAUUAUAAAUGUAAAGAAAAGCUAAAUGUGGCAGAAGGAGAGAUUUUAGGCUGGGUACGUUUAAAAAUUUAAUGA